CUUUGAAUAGAUCAGCAAGAUGCCUUUGAACGACUUCGCUAGCAGGGGAAUUCAGUGCCACGGAAUGGAAUUUCGAAUCCAGGGCCACGCCCGGUCUACAAUACCCCGGGUAAGGCGAGGAGCUUCUUCAUCUCACGAGAGCAAAGACAACAAAGCCACCCUUGGUGACAGAAAUUUACCGCAACACGUCUCACCGAGAUGUUUAUGCAGGAUCUCCGACAAUGGAUACGCAUAUAGCUGCCCUGAUGUUAUGUUUCCAUCUGGGUUCACGACAAAUGAGUGUAAUAUGUUGGCAACACGACAAAGAGCAACAAACUACCUUUUCCAUACUUAUAACGAUAAUGGACAGCCUGUAGAGUCGGCGCAAAGAACGAACAGUUUUCGCUCUUCGAGUCUGGGCUUUAAAUCCGUCAGCGCACCAACUGUAAAUAAAAUGAUGUCUCCUUUAGGGAUAACAAAUCGCUCUCUGUCUUCAAGCAAGCGUGUUAGGUCUUCUGUUUUGUCCAGGAGAAGUGAAAAGGACAACAGAACAACAGCACCUCGCAGAGAAAGCCUUGUGCAUGAAAAGGAAGCUACUAUUGACGAUUCCUCAACAGUGAUAAUCAUUCGAAGCUUGAAUCGUGAUCAUUCUCCAUCUGCGCGAUUAGAGCGCUAUUUAAUAAGCUUGCAACGGGCAGGGUACCUAACAAGUGCCAAAAAAAAUUGGAGGGAAAAUGCUUCGGUCGAGUUAAUUAGAGGAAUCACAAAAAAUGGGGAAAUUACGUUAAAGUCGAAGUUUCCUCCCCAUCCACCGGUGUAUUUAUUUGAUAGAACGAUAAAAGAUUCCCCAUUUGAUAAUAAAAACAGACGAUAGAUAUCUACUUAUACCAAAAGAAGUUAAACAGGCACAAAAACGUAGCUUCUGUUUAUUUAUGAAAAAAAUAAAUGCAAACGUAUGUUGAUUACGCACUCAUUUCACUCAAAU